AUGACUGAUAAGGAACCUACACCCGCCGAGACCGCUGCCGCUACGGCCAAGGAGGCCGAGGAGCAGGCUGCUCUUCCCUACAAGUGGACUCAGACCAUCUCUGAGCUCAACGCCACCUUUGACGUGCCCGGAAACCUCAAGUCGAGGGAUCUCGUCAUUACUAUCAAGAAGAUGAGCCUACAGGCGGGUAUCAAGGGCCAGGAUCCAAUCAUCCAGGGCGAUCUUCCUCACGCCGUCCACGUUGACGACUCCACCUGGACUCUCAGCACCAACUCAGAUGGCACCAAGACCGUCGAGAUUCACCUCGACAAGGUCAACAAGAUGGAAUGGUGGCCUCACGUUGUCACUUCUGCUCCUAAGAUCGACGUGACCAAGAUCCAGCCCGACAACUCCAAGCUGUCCGAUCUCGACGGCGAGACCCGCGGCAUGGUUGAAAAGAUGAUGUUCGACCAGCAGCAGAAGGAGAAGGGCCUUCCCAGCUCAGACGAGCAGAAGAAGGCGGAUAUUCUCAAGAAGUUCCAGGAGCAGCAUCCCGAGAUGGACUUUAGCAAGGCCAAGAUUCAGUGA